AUGAGUAAAGAGCAUGAAUAUGUACGAGAGUUCCAAGGGAAAGCAGUAGAAGAAAACGAGGACCUACGGGCGUUAUUGCAACAGAAGAAGUACUUAGAACGUAAAUUGAUAGAGAAGCAGGAAUUUGAAACAAAGUUACAGCAACUCUACGAUCAGGUAGACGGGACAAAGAAUUAUCAAGAGCUUUUAAACGGCCUUUCAAAUUGUAGGAUAUUACUUUCAGAGAUUUUUACCAGAGAAGGGCAGGCAAAGAGGCAUCCUGUACAAAGCGACCAAAUAGAACUAGAUUGGUCUAAAUACGGACUUGAUCUUGCAGCAUAUGUGACUGAACACGAACAAUUACUUAAGUCAUACGAACAAGGGAUGCUCGACUGA